GGAGAUGCCACAUUGAAAAUAGGGUUUUCAAGAUGACUGGGGAGAAAACUUCAGAAGAGCUUCAAAGUGAAAUUAAGAAAGUUACCUUUAAUGAAGUGGAGAAGUUGAAGAAGGCAGAGAAAGGGAAAACUGCAUUUCAGGAAUUAAUGACCUGUGUGCAGUCAAGCACAGUUGCUAUAAAGAGGAAGGAAGAUGACCUAAAGGAGAAUAUAAGAGAACUACUUAGUAUAGCAGAGACAGAGGAGAGCCAUUCAAAGGAGCUGAACUCACAGUCUUUGGAGCCACAGAAAAAGAAUUUGAAAACCAACACUGCCAAAGCUGAGAAACAAAAGGAUGAUAUUGACAAAGAGAUUGCAGAGGUGACCAAUACCAUUACCCACAAGAAGGAAGUGUUGAAGGAUAUACAAAACCGAGCCAACUUUUCCCAUCAGGAAACCUCUGCCUCCAUAUCAAGAAUAAGAACUGAAUACAGACUGUACUCGAAGGUCUUCAAUAUCAAGUGGGAUCACACUGUGCCAGACAGGCAUAUCAAAGGCUUUGUCAUCAAACCAACAGAGAAAAGAGUCGUCCCCAUAAAGUUUGACAAGGCAUCCCAUUCACAGUUCUUCAUCACGAACUUCCUUUGGGAACAGAUCAGUGGGGGUUGUUGCCUGGAUGAGCCCCAGUCAAGCAAAAAAAGCUGAUUUGUGUCUGUAAUGUCAAACCAUCUUAUGGAAGAGCACAAUUUUAAGAAAAACAAGUUACUUUUAUUGAUGUACGACUGGCAACACUUUCUUCUUUCUCUCACACUUUUUAUUGAUGUACGAGUGACAACACUCUUCUUUCUCACAUACAAUUUUCCAUCUUUUGUGAUCUGUAUCUUUUCAAUCACUAAUUUUAUACAACUUGGUUAUAAGUAAAACUUAUUAGGAGAUAUGUUUUUCUUACAUAGUGAAAACCAGCUAGGACAAAAAUAUAAGUAAGAAGAGUGA